UCAGCCCACAGUCAGUCGCUCUGUGUUGGGUCUGCAGGCGAGGAGUGCCCCCCCCCCACCCUCAACCCCAACGCCCGGGGUUACUCAACAAGAAGCUAUGGAUUAUUUCCUGCGGGUUUCUCUUCGUUUUUAAAGCCGUUUCGGACUCUUGCAGACUUCUCGGAAACGGUGCAGGACUUCCCCAACACGAGCAGCCGUUUGAACUCGCAGCCGUUAGCUUCACGAUAUUUUACUGUUUUGAAAUCGAGCCAGUGUUUCUGUUGGUGUGUUUACCGCUGGCAACGGGAGCGUUUCUGUGUGUCUUCUGGACUGAAAUAAUUCAAACUAGAUGAUAAAUCACUCCACACCUCACUCGAUAGUUAGCCUACUGAGGCUAGCAGGUUUCAUUUUGCUAAGCUAGCGUGGCGGCUAACUAGUAGAUAUCGAUAUUGCCAGCAGGCUAAAAGCGAGUUAGCUCCCAGAGAGUCGUGUUGGGUUUAUCUUGUGAUUAGCUCCUCACACCUUCUCUCUCCAACUGGAUUCGGUGUUAACCAUCCAGAGGUGUUAAACUACAUCUGUAAGGACAUUUUUGUAUGAUUGAUGAGCCGUUGGGGAACAUUUCAGCCUUACAGGAAGCCAGCAGCAGCAGCAGGAGGAGGAGGAGGAGGAGGAGGAGGACGGCAACAUAAACAACAAGAAGCGGUCUGAAGAUUUUCUGGAGUCCUGCGCUUGUGUGCCAAAACGCUUCUGAGAGAUUUGCAUUUUUUUUUGUUGCUACAAACAGCAAAGAGGCAGAAGUGUCCCCCUCACUGAGACACAUUUCAACCUGUCACCUCCUAAUUUGCCCUUUUUCCGGCUGCAACACGUGUCCGGGUUUUAUUGCUGCAAAGCAGGUUUUCUGCUGUCACUGUGCAGCCUCUGAAAUUGGAGCAUUUUUUAUUUUUUUUGAAAGCGCAGUGUUUACAUUUUAAAGACUGAAACACAUGCAGCACUGGAGAAAGACCAGUCGUCUAGGCGGAUUUCCACCAAGAGGACCAGGAGAGUCCCCCCCCCUCCCCUCAGAGACCUGUAGGAUUUGACAGCUGUCUCCAGAAUCCAGCAUCUGGUACAUCUCUGUGAGACUAUAAAGCGAGGAAUCCUAAAAAAAAACAAAAAAAACCGAGAUCUCAUCUGGCCCCCUUUUUUUUUUUUUUCUUGCAGCAUUUCUCUCACAAUACGCCCUGCAUGGAGAAACCUGCGUUUCGGCACUAAAUGGGAUUACAACGACGGAGAUCAGGCGGCCCUGCAUGGUGACUGUGUGUUAUUUCUGCAGUAACCUGUCACCCAAAUGUCUACCCUCCUCAAUUUCCCUUUUUCUGUCACAAUGAUGGUAGUGUGAGGGCAGCCGGAGACAACGACACCAACCGUUCCAGUCGAUGGUCAGCCCCGCCGUCCGCUCAGCUGGGCCCCCCGUCACGCACCUUCACUGCUUCAUGUUAUCUGGAGGAGGACAUUGUUUUGUAUAAUCACCCAAAACCAGAACCCAUCCCCAGCCCCGGUUUUAUUUUUUAUUUUUAUUGAUUUGGUCGCACCAGGGUCGAAAGAUGGCGGACCUCGAAGCAGUGCUCGCCGAUGUCAGUUAUUUGAUGGCGAUGGAGAAGAGCAAAUCUACUCCAGCGGCCCGGGCGAGUAAGAAAAUCAUCCUGCCUGAGCCCAGUAUUCGCAGUGUGAUGCAGAAGUACCUCGAGGAGAGAGACGAACUGACGUUUGACAAAAUAUUCAACCAGAAAAUCGGCUUCCUCCUCUUCAAAGACUUCUGUAUGAACGAGAUCGACGAGGCCGUGCCGCAGCUCAAGUUCUACGAGGAAAUUAAAGACUACGAGAAGCUGGACUCCGAGGACGAGAGGUCGAGCCGCAGCCGGCAGAUUUACGACGGAUACAUCAUGAAGGAGCUGCUGUCCUCCUCACACCCCUUUUCUAAGAAAGCAGUGGACCAUGUGCAGAGUCACCUAAAGAAGAAACAGGUUCCCCCCACCCUCUUCCAGCCGUACAUCGUGGAGAUCUGUGACAGCUUGAGAGGGAAGAUCUUCCAGAAGUUCAUCGAGAGCGACAAGUUCACUCGUUUUUGUCAGUGGAAGAACGUGGAGCUCAACAUCCAUCUGACCAUGAACGACUUCAGCGUGCAUCGGAUCAUCGGCAGGGGCGGCUUCGGCGAGGUGUACGGCUGCAGGAAGGCCGACACGGGGAAGAUGUACGCCAUGAAGUGUUUGGAUAAGAAGAGGAUUAAGAUGAAGCAGGGCGAGACUCUGGCGCUCAACGAGAGAAUCAUGCUGUCGUUAGUCAGCACGGGGGACUGCCCGUUCAUCGUGUGUAUGACGUACGCCUUCCACACCCCCGACAAGCUGUGCUUCAUCCUGGACCUCAUGAACGGGGGCGACCUGCACUACCACCUGUCUCAGCACGGCGUGUUCAGUGAGAAGGAGAUGCGUUUCUACGCGGCUGAAAUCAUCCUGGGUCUGGAGCACAUGCACAACCGCUUUGUGGUCUACAGAGACCUCAAGGUAAGACCCCCGAUUAAUGUGGAGCUGCCAGACUCCUUCACUGCAGAGCUCAAAGACCUGCUGGAGGGGCUGCUGCAGAGAGACGUUUCCAAGAGGCUCGGCUGUCUGGGCCGAGGAGCCCCGGAGGUGAAGGAACAUCAGUUUUUCAAAGGCAUCGACUGGCAGCAGGUUUACCUCCAGAAGUACUCUCCUCCUUUAAUCCCUCCCCGGGGAGAGGUGAACGCCGCAGACGCUUUCGACAUCGGCUCUUUUGAUGAGGAGGACACCAAGGGCAUUAAGCUGCUGGACAGCGACCAGGAGCUCUACAAGAACUUCCCUCUGGUCAUCUCGGAGCGCUGGCAGCAGGAAGUGGCGGAGACGGUUUACGAGGCGGUCAACUCGGACACGGACAAGAACGAAGCUCGAAAGAGGGCCAAGAACAAACAGCUGGGCCACGAGGAGGACUACGCCCUGGGGAAAGACUGCAUCAUGCACGGGUACAUGCUGAAGCUGGGGAACCCGUUCCUCACCCAAUGGCAGCGCAGAUACUUCUACCUGUUCCCCAACCGGGUGGAGUGGAGGGGGGAGGGGGACACGCGGCAAAACCUGCUGACGAUGGAGCAGAUCGUGACGGUGGAGGAAACGCAGAUUAAAGACAAGAAGUGCAUCCUGCUGCGCAUCAAAGGAGGGAAGCAGUUUGUGCUGCAGUGCGAGAGCGACCCGGAGUUCGUGCAGUGGAAGAAGGAGCUGACCGAGGCGUUCACAGAAGCUCAGAAGCUGCUGCGCCGCGCCCCCAAAGUCAUCGGGAAGGGCCGCGCCGCAGUGGUGGAGCUCUCCAAACCUCCCCUCACACACCGCAACAGCAACGGCCUGUGAAUACACACACACACACACACACACACACACACACACUUAUAUAUGUACAAAUACACACACACACACACACACACACACACUGCACCCCAGCCCCCCCGCCUCCUGAAUCAGCUGCAGGGCGUUUGACACCUUCCCAAGCCCCGCCCACAACGCCUCGCAGUGUGACCACCAGCCUCUUACACACACACACACACACACACACACACACACACACACACACACAAAUCGACAUGAUGACCAAUCAUCUAGUUUUUUUUUUUGUUUUUUUUUCGCCAUGGGACCUCGCCAGUUUACGGAGAGGAAGACGAGAAACAUUCUGGGAGGACUCAGCAUGUGAAGAAACCUCUGCAUGAAUGUGACGUCCCUGUGUCUCUCUGUCCCCCCUCCCCUCCCUCCCCCCCCCCCACCCCCUCCCCCAUACUUGGACCUCCGCCUCACACAUGAGCCUGAGAGACUCGUGGGGCGAAACAUUUGAUCGUCUGGUGUCUCCGAGGCGAUGACAUCAGGAAUCAGCGGGUGGAGGGGGGAAACAAAAGAAGAAGAGGCUGCUUGACUCGCUCUCCUCACCCCCCCCUCCCUCUCCUCACCCCCCUUCCCUCCGUUACUGAAGUGCAUAAAGUGCCAACUUGGAUAUUUACUUGAGUCACCUGGAGCGCCCAGAGGACCCGCUCGGUGGCAGAUACGGUUGUUGUCGGAGGGAGGGGGGGGUUUGGGGGGGGUUUGAUCAUUCCAAUGCAGACAAACAGGAACUACAAGAAGCCACAGACCUGCUCUCAUUGGCUCUCACACAGCCAGUUACCAUAGAGACUGGGAUUCCAUUGGCUGGUGGGAAACAGCAGCCGGUUGCUAUGGUAACCAUGAAGACUGGUAUACCUUUCAGAGACGGGGGGGGGGGGGCUGAGUGUAAAUAAGAAACCCUUUCUCUGUGCAUCUCCAGUGUUCUAGUCCCACGUGUUUGCAUUAUCGGGGAUUCUCUGUUUGUGGGUCUGAGGGGGCGGAGUCAUACAGCUUUCAAUCCCUCGCAGCGCUGCGUUACCUCACUUGGACUGUGUCAGGAUUUCUUUAGGGGCCAAAUGUAUCGCUCUCUGCUCGUACGAAUGUCUGUGUCGUCGCCUCGCAGCUUUUUUGGACAUUUCUGCGUCCCGCUCGCUCACAAAUCGACCUUCAUCGUGUUCUUAGACCGUCAGUCGGCUGCUGGUGGUGUGCAGGGAGAAAAACAAAUCCAACACAAACACUUCAUAAGGUCGUCUCUCGGAGGUUUGAGGCGUUUGGAUGUUAUUUAAAUGUUUUUCUUUUGUAGUUCUGUACAGGCAGAGUUAGACUGCAUUUCCCAGAAUGCACCAGGAGAGCCUGCUGAAAACUCUCUGAUGCAAGUUGAAGCAGGAAGUAGUGAGAGUAGAGACGAGCUUUCAGGAAAAAAAACAUGAAUGUUGCACCCUCAAAACGCACGGCGGAGCUGCAACAAACGCCGACGUUUCAGUUUGAAAUGAUUUUAUUCUGAAAGCGUUUUUAAUCGGACGACUCGAUAAAAAGAAGCCUCAAAUCACCCUGAAGAAGCUGCAGCCGGUGAAUCAGUCCGCCAACUCUGCGUGAAAAAUCCCUCAAAUGAUCGAUCGACGGUCGUCAAGAAAAGUCGGCAAGAAGUCAUUUCCUGUUCUUGAAUUGAACGCCGCCCGCAGCUCGGCGUUUAAGUGUCGCUCCUCGUAGAACGCCAAAGCAGAAUCCUGCAGUGCUCCCUGAAAAAAAUCCACGCAGAGAAACGUCUCUCCUCUUGCCGGCGACCUUCAGCUGUAGAUUAAAAAUUAAAAACACGUUUACAAAUCAAAAGUUUGCAAUCGACAGUAAAGAGUUGACGUGUGUUGCCGUGGUAACCUUUUCUUAAAUCAGA